AUGUCAUCUUCAGAAAACGUAUCGACAAAUAACAACAAUAAUGGUAACAAUAACAACCCUAGAGUAGCAAGGAACGCCCAAAGAUUAGCUUUACACAAUGUUACAAACACAACUCUUGCACAAGAGAACGUUCUUCAAAACUUAAAACCAAGCAUCGCCUCAAAGAAAGAAAUUUUAAAAGAAUCAAUUGAAAGAUCAAAUUUUCUUUCAACAUCUUCAAUUCCAAGUUCACAAUCAUCGAAUACUUCUACAUCAACUAAUGGAAAAUCAUCGGAAUUAAAUAUUAAACAAAAUCCAAUUAAUCAAUCUAAUUUAGAUGAUAAAGAGAAUCUGGAUCCUUAUAUAACGACAGGUAAAAGCUUACCCUCCAUUGAAGAAGAAAAUGAAACAAUCGAUUCUCAACAUAUUCUUAACGAACAACAAUCGAUCAUUGAGAAAAAAGAUGUUUCUACUACUAAUUCAACAGAUUUACAAGAAAAGAUGGAUGCUGGGAAAAAGAGACCAAUCUCCACUGUUGUAGAACAAGAUGAACCUAAAAAAUUCAAAGUAUGUGACGAAAAUGGCACUGAAGAAUAUGAAUGGGAAGAUUUAGAUGCUGAGGAUGCUAACGAUCCAUUUAUGGUUAGUGAGUAUGUAAAUGAUAUUUUUGAUUAUUUACAUCAUCUGGAAGUUGUGACAUUACCUAGAAAGGAAGAUCUUUAUCAACAUAGAAAUAUCAGACAAAAUAGAGAUAUUCUAGUUAAUUGGUUAGUCAAAAUUCAUAAUAAAUUUGGAUUAUUACCGGAAACAUUAUAUUUAGCAAUCAACAUCAUGGAUCGUUUCCUAUGUAAAGAACUAGUACAACUUGAUAAACUACAAUUAGUUGGUACAUCAUGCCUAUUUAUCGCAUCAAAAUAUGAAGAAGUUUAUUCUCCAAGUAUAAAACAUUUUGCCUCCGAGACUGAUGGUGCAUGUACAGAAGAAGAAAUAAAAGAGGGUGAAAAUUUUAUUUUGAAGACUUUAGAUUUUGGUCUCAAUUAUCCAAAUCCAAUGAAUUUCUUGAGAAGAAUAUCGAAAGCAGAUGAUUACGAUAUACAAUCACGAACACUGGCUAAAUUUCUUCUCGAGAUAUCACUAGUAGAUUUCAGAUUUAUUGGUAUAUUACCUUCGUUAUGUGCUGCAGCUGCGAUGUUUUUAUCCAGAAAAAUGUUAGGUAAAGGCAAAUGGGAUGGAAAUCUAAUACAUUAUUGUGGUGGCUACACAAAAGACCAAUUGGCUCCGGUAUGUCACAUGAUAAUGGACUAUUUAGUUAGCCCAAUUAUUCACGAUGAAUUCCAUAGAAAGUAUCAAUCAAGAAGAUUUAUGAAGGCUUCAAUAAUAUCGGUACAAUGGGCUCUAAAGGUCAGAAAGAAUGACUACGAUAUAAUGACACUGCAUGAAUAA